AUGGCAGCUUCCGAGGUGACAACUUCACUCGUGAUCGACAAGUUGCAACACAGACUCUCCGAGAGAGAAAUUCUCUCCUCUGGAUUACCAGAUCAAAUCAAUACGGCUGUUAGUCAUCUCCAGACAAUCUUAACCACCUUGAAGUUACUGCAAUCUGGCACCGACAAUGACCAGCAAAGCGGCGACCAUGGAUCUGGCCUCCUAGGUCGAGCUCAAGAUGCUGCGGACUGUGCCGAUAAGUUCCUCCUGGGAGCAUCGCGACACUUGAUGUCCCGUAAGGGCCGCCUCAUGAAAUUGUAUGCAUUAGUCCGCUUCAUGUCGCUCAGGAUACGCGUACGCCCCUCCGGAAGAAAGGAACUCGAUUUCAUCACCAGAGUUCAGAAAUUGUCCACUCACCUGUCCCAAAUGCAAGAUCUGCCUCCUUAUGAUCUGUUUACUCUUGAGGAAAACGCUUCAUCGAGGAAUACCCAUCGAGGGAACGUACGUUGGAAUGGGAAGGUUGAGUCUGACAUUGUGGGGCGUGAAGAUGAAGAGUGCGAGCUCGUAGCUCGGUUGACCUUGAAAGAUGGCGAUCAGGACGCGUUGAGACUUUGCGUAAUUCCGGUGGUGGGAGAAGAAGCCAUCGGCAAGACGGCUCUCGUGAGGAGUGUGUACAACAGACUCGAGAUAGAUCAUAGCUUCCAAUGCCGCGUCUGGGUUCAUGUUCCCAAAAAAUUCGCCUUGAAAGAUCUCUUGGUGGAGAUACUGAAGCAAACACCUGUGCAAGAACUGAAGGAGCACAAAAAAAACAUAGACCUGAAAGAGAUCCUUCACAAGACCUUGAUGGAAUUGAGGUACCUCAUCGUGUUUGACGAUUUGCAAGACGCCAGGGACAUGGACGUCCUCAUGAACCUCCUCCUAGACUCAAGGAAUGGAAGCAGAGUCAUCAUCACCACUCGGGAUCCUGAAAUCCCAUCAAUUAUAGACCAUUGGGCUUCUCCUCUCGAGUUGCACCAAUUAGAUGCAGACCAGAGCGAGCUCUUGUUGAAGCAAUGCGGCUCCAUUAGUGAAGAUUCGGGGCUCAAAGCGAGUAUUCUGAGCAAGUGCAGUGGCUCUCCUCCUAGGAUUUUGCUGCUCGGAGGACUUGCGGCGGCGAGCAGUCAUUCUUCUCCUGCCAUGGUGGACCAGCUUGCUGAUAAUCCCACGCUCUGCAAUAUCGUGUCCUUGAGCUACCACAAAUUGCCUAACCUGCUCAAGCCCUGUUUGCUUUACUUGUGCCUCUUUCCCAAAGACUCGGACAUCUCGAUGAGGAGGCUCUUCCGGCUAUGGCAUGCCGAAGGAUUGGUCCCAGUGCUUGAGUUCACGGCCAUGGAGUGCUUCGAAGAAUUGGUUGGUCGAAACUUGGUUCAUGUGGUGAGGCGUAGGAAGCAGAGUGAAAAGCCCAAAUCUUGCCGUGUGCCUAGUUUCCUACACGAUUUCUUGUGCGAGAUGGCAACGCGACUCGCACUACUUCAGAUCCAUUCGGACACCAAGGGCCCUAAUCAUGGUGAAGAAUCUAAGCUUGUUAAUGGCUGCUCAUGGAUUGUCAAGCAUCAGGAAUCUCAGAAGAGUGCUGAGACAGGGGAUCAUUGCCCCGGAAACAUCCAUCUCCGACACAUCCGUUCCUACGUAACCUUCAAAACGCAGAAGCAGGGGACUCGUUCAAGGGAAGUGGAAGAGCUGCUUCGGCCCUUGAUUUCAAAGGGAGACUGCGGUCUGCUCAGGGUGCUCGAUCUGGAGAGGACUUACAAGCCGUUGCUUCCGGACGAACUUGGCAAUGUACUGCUGAACUUGAGGUACUUGGGAUUGCGAUGGACGGUCCUUGAUUCAAUCCCUGAAUCAGUUGGGAACAUGUCCCGCCUUGAGACAUUGGAUCUGAAGCACACUAACGUUAGCAAAUUGCCGAGUUCAAUUUGGAAGGUGAAGUCCCUCCAGCACCUGUACAUGAACGAGGUUUGCUUCGAUAAGUCCACCAGUGGUGGUAGCUUGAGCAAUCUCCAAACCUUGUGGGGCUUAUUUAUUGGAUCUGCUAAGAGUCCCAUGCUUGAUGUGCUUAGGAAAUUGACCAGGCUCGAGAAAUUGGGUUUGACGUGUGAUUCUCCAGUGAUGAAGAAAGCAACCGAGUGCAUUUUGAAGCUCACGAAGCUUGAAUGCCUAAAGCUGAGAUCGAGGGAUGUCUUCGGUCAGCCCUCAGAUCUCAACUUGAGUGACAUGAGUGGAGUCGAGCUGAUUUCGGACUUGUACUUGCUCGGGAGCCUCCCUAAGCGACACGGCCAGGACGUCCUUGAGGGCUUGCCUCAGCAAGGCGGCUUGGAGCUCCUUCCUCGGAACCUGAAAAUCCUUACCUUGUCGAUGUCAGGACUAGAUGCUGAUUCGAUGCCGGUACUAGCAAAGCUCGAGGGCUUGGAAAUGCUCAACUUUUUUGCAGGCUCUUAUACUGGUAAAGAGUUGGAUUUUCGUGUUCGCAAAGAUUCAUUCCCACGCCUUCGCAUCCUCAAAUUGUGGAAGUUGGAGAAAGUUAGAAAAGCUUAUGUAGACGAAACCUCUCUUUGUUGCCUGGAAGACCUGGAGAUCAAGAACUGUGGACUAACUUCUAUUGAUUCAUUGAAUCAUAUUGAAUCCCUGAAACAAAUUAGUUUGAUUAAAGUGAAGGAAGAAUUGGCGACGAACAUGAAAGCCACAUUGACCGCAAAACUAUUCAUCAAUGGGAAGCAAUUGGCGACCUCUCGUUCUUCCCGAGAAGUAUUCAUCAAAGAGAAGCAAUUGGUACCUCCUCCUCCUCCUUCUGCGCAGAAGCGUUGCAUCUCAGCUGCUCUGAGUAGCGGCGUUGUCGUGAAGAGGAUGCAGGUGAUGCCGGUCUUCUCUUCGCGUUUCAGAGAGCUGUGGGAAGAGUGGGAGCUCCGUGGUCUCGUGCUCCUCAGCCUCACCCUCCAAAUUCUGCUCAUUUGUAUGGGCAAUCGCCGCAAAUACAUCCACUCUGCCUUGCUCAGGGCGUUUGUUUGGCUGGCCUACCUAAUGGCUGAUUCAGUCGCAAUCUAUGCGCUCGGCAUCAUCACAAACAAGCUCACAAAGUUAAACAGCCAAAGUGUGGAUGCGGACACCCAGCUGAACGCGUUCUGGGCGCCAUUCCUCUUGUUACACUUAGGAGGCCCUGACACCAUAACAGCAUAUGCCCUGGAAGACAAUGAGCUCUGGCUGAGGCACUUGUUGGCACUAGUCACCCAAGCAGGAGUGACAUUUUAUAUCUUCCUGAUGGCGUGGACCGCCCGAAUAUAUCCAUCCUCGCCAUCAUUAUGA